GACGGAAGCCAGGGAGCGGUGAGGUGCCCAGGGACAGUGCAGGGACCCCGGCGCUGCCAGCUACACCGGGCGGGGGAGCCCAGCCCGGAAGUCGGCGAAGCUGUUGAAGGAACUGCCGCGGGGGCGCCGGGAAAGGAGCGUGCGGGCUCAGCAGGCCGCGGGGGCCGGAGCUGUGUCAAGCAUGCUUCAAGGCUACAGCUCAGUAUUCCAGGCCUUACUGGGGACCUUCUUCACCUGGGCUCUGACAGCAGCUGGAGCUGCUCUUGUCUUCAUAUUCUCUUCUGGACAGAGGCGGAUCCUAGAUGGAAGUCUCGGCUUUGCUGCAGGGGUCAUGUUGGCAGCUUCCUAUUGGUCUCUGCUGGCCCCAGCAGUGGAAAUGGCCACAUCCUCAGGGAACUUCGGUGCCUUUGCCUUCUUCCCCGUGGCUAUUGGCUUUACCCUCGGUGCUGCUUUCGUAUACUCAGUGGACCUCCUGAUGCCUCACCUGGGUGUAGGAGAAGAUCCUCAGACAGCGCUGGCACUGAACAUGGACCCCGUGUUGGUGAAAAAAUCGGACCCUGAGGGCCCUGCGGUGCUCCUUCCAGAGAGUGCACUUUCCAUCCGGAUAGGUAGCACUGGACUUUUUUCAGAUAAGAACGAGAAUGGCGAGGCAUACCAGAGGAAGAAGGUGGUGACCGGCCUCCCAGAGGGCCCCGCUCCCCUGGCAUCACCUCCAGGCAGCGCGGCCCAGCCUGGCAGCGGCAGCUGGAGGAGAAUUGCUCUGCUCAUCCUGGCCAUCACCAUCCACAACGUACCAGAGGGCCUGGCUGUUGGAGUUGGCUUUGGGGCCGUAGAGAAGACAGCAUCUGCCACCUUUGAGAGCGCCAGGAAUCUGGCCAUUGGAAUUGGGAUCCAGAACUUCCCAGAGGGUCUGGCUGUCAGCCUCCCCCUGCGUGGAGCUGGCUUCUCCACCUGGCGAGCCUUCUGGUAUGGGCAGCUGAGCGGUAUGGUGGAGCCCCUGGCUGGGCUCUUCGGCGCAUUGGCUGUGGUGCUGGCUGAGCCCAUCCUGCCUUAUGCACUGGCAUUUGCUGCUGGUGCCAUGGUCUACGUGGUCAUGGACGACAUCAUUCCUGAAGCCCAGAUCAGUGGUAACGGGAAGCUGGCAUCCUGGGCCUCCAUCCUGGGCUUCGUGGUGAUGAUGUCACUGGACGUGGGCCUGGGCUAGCACUGUCACAUCAUACCCCAGGGUGGAGAGCACCAGACUUCUGAAGGACCACAGGCUGCUUUUUCACAUUAAAACUUUGUUCCCCCUCUCCUCUUCAUUAUCUGGAUCAGCUCUGAUUGUUCAAUGACCAUUUUUACUUUGCUCUAGAGGGAGAUGGUACUUUUCUUUCUUCCUUUUUUUUUGUUUUUUUUAAACCACCCUGUGUCAUGGACUACAGAUUUUUGUUUUGACCCCUGAAUGGAAUCUUUCUUCAUUGGAAUUAUCAGGGCAAAUAGAUCAAGGGACCCUCUGCCUUCUUUCCCACCUCUGGUCUCCCUCUCUAGACUUAGCAGUGAUCCCUAAAGGCUGCUCCCAGAAGCAAGCUCCUAGGACAUAUUCUAAGCCAGAAUUGGCCUCAUUUCAAAGCAGGUGGCCAUCGCUCCUGCUCUAUCCCUACAGCUCCUCUGUCUCUCUAGGGCGUCAUGAACACGUUGACCUGCUUUCCAAGGCUGAGCCAGCCCAGAGAGGAAUACACCUUCCUCUGCCUCCCGGGACAUGAGAGAGGGCCACACACAAAGAGAAGCAGGUUAUCUUCUUUUUUUUUUUUUAAGGCAAAGAUUGGCACUAUUGAAGAUAGGAGGAUUUGGGAAUUUGAACAUCGGUGACUACACAGUAACCCCUGAGAAAAGGGGACCACGUGUGGCCCUACCCCGGGCCUCCGCUCUCGGUGGAUUCCAGAGUGGUUUGUCAUGGUUCCCAAGUCUCCUAGACCACGAUCUCGAUUUUUAUGGCCUCUGUUUGUCCAAGGAACUUGGAGUUGCCAGCAAUUGCUAGAACUCAGCCCCCUCUUCUGCUAAUUAUAGGAGCCACUUAAGUUAACUCAGGGGAGAGAAAGACAUUUGGGAUCUGUAACAGGUCCUUCCCCGCUGGUCAUUGGUCGUGUAGAACCCAGCCAAGAACUCUGGAGCUGAAGCAGACCUGGGGUCUGGCCAGAGGGCUGAAGAUGGAGAAGGAAGAAGAGAGAUUCUUACUUUGCUUUUAAAGUCCCUUGUAGCCAAGCUAACAUUCUGAAAUGACCAUAGGAAAUGGCUGUGGAAGCCACCUGCUCUGUCACACACCCGUCAUUCACGCUGCCUCUCCGGCGCUGGGGAUGGGAUGAGAGGCUGUGUGCGCUUGGUCAUAGCGAGGACCUUCACCCUCCUUGGUCAGAGGAGCCCUGAGACCUCCAGUGUGCCCCAUGGGGAAAGCAGGCAGCCCAAGAGCCAGGCAUUCAGGAAUUGUGCCGUCCACGCGGCUCUCUUGAGUUUCCGUGUCUGAGUGCUUCCAAGGGUGAGUCCACCGCCCUGUGAACACUCCAUGACCCCAGAGACCAACCACUGGGCUGUGCCUGUGUCUGCUCUCCCCAAAGCAUUAACCAUCGGGACAGCAGACACAUUCAGAGGAGGUUUGAUUGGCAAGAUUAGCAGGUGUGGUGAUGAUUGGUAUCUGUGUAUUUUGUGUCUUUGGAAAUAGUUCUACAUAAAGCAAAUUUGUUCUUUCUGCUGGUAAGGCCUCGUAACUGUGAUUAAUACCAAUAAAGGGAAUAUUGUGGAA